GGAAGGGAGGAGGCUCAGAUCUUCUUCGAAACCAGGAGGAAGAGCGAGCGAGGAGGAGAGACGACAGACAUCGUUUGUUUGUUCGUUUGGGUGUUUGUUUGUAUUGUAUCGUAGGCCAUUCCUUCCCUUCCCUUCGUUUCUACACUCCCAGCGAUGGCGGAAACGUGCAGCUCGUAGGGCUCCGCUCUGCCAUUGCCUCUCUUCGCCUCCCUUCCUUCUCGCAUUAUCCCUUCUCCCCUAUCGCUUCUCGCUUCUCUUUUUCUGCUUCCAUGCUCGUUCGGAACUGGCUAUUAUCGAAAGAAGGCGAGGAUAAUCCUUACGACAUCUUGGAGGUUGAUCAGGUUCUUGAAUCUCACUCGAAGAGGUUUAGGCGCAGGGAGUCUGAUCAAGAAUUUUCCCCGGCUUUAGAGCAAUCCAACCGAAGGAAGAAAGCUAAGCAGACAGGUGGUUUCAGAGAAGAGAUGGCGCCGCGCGGUACUAAUGUCAUUGACGAGUUCGUUGCGGUUGAGGAACUUCAUGCGUUAAGCCCCAAAGAUAUGAGCUCUCUUCUACAGGAAGAAGAGUCACUUGUAUUGAAACUAAGCUCUGCAAAAGGAGUAAUAUUAACGGUGGAUGUGGAAAAACUAGCUAGCUGCCUUCCUUUACAUCUUAUGGCAUGUGUUGCUUCCAGUAGCAACGAGCCACGGCUGCGAUACUGGCUACGUUCUGUGCGCUUACUUCACACAUUGAGUUCCUUGGCUCAUGGUUACCCUAAACUUGCACAGGUACUGCUACAGGACGUGAAGAUAAGAAUGCAGAUUCUUGAUCUUGUCACCUACAUGCUUGUUGUUUUAGCUAAUAUGGAACAGGAGGGUCGAGGUGGAGGCUUCAUUGCAGUGCUUCACGCUGCUUCAGUGGCUUGUAGUUUAUACCUGUUAAUGGCUUUUAUCAGCCAUGAUUGGUUGGACAUUGCCCAUGUCCUCCUUGAUCACCCAAAGGUAGACGUCUUCAUGGAUGCCGCCUUUGAUGUCGUCAAACGAGACAUUGUCCUUCUUCAAGUGAAGUUGCGCUCUCUCAGUAUCAAGCUCUCUGCGAAGAAGACCACAUUUGAAUCUGCAGAGCGCGUAGCUCAAGUGACUGCAUUGCAGUGCGAAGCAUCACUGCAAGUGCUUCAACAUCUUUGUGUUGCACCUAAUUUUAGGGAUCAAGUACUUGGUCACAAGGAGCUUUGCAAAAACGGUGGCAUCUUGAAAUUAGUUUUGGCAGUAUUGAAGCUGCAACUUCCGCCUGUAUUUUCAAAUUCCAAAUCCCUGAAAGCAACCUUCUCUCGCUCUAAAGCCAAAGCUUUGGUCAUGAUGUUGACAUUCUGCGAAUCGGAGCAGUGCUCAUUCUUGGAUGAAGUGGCUGCUGAACCAAAUGCCAUGCAGCUUGCAGAGCAAGUUGCACAUGAGGUACUUUUGUUAGUGAAAGGUGCUCUGCUGGAGGACCCUAGACUUAUCGAAGAUGAAGAAGAAGAGAAAAAGAAUCCCAUGGGGUUUAUGCACAUCACUUCUUUGCGCCUAGCUGACAUAUUCUCUGAUGAUUCGAAUUUUCGCAACUUGGUGAUGGAUCAAAUUGCUCCUGAUUUGGCAUCUGUACUAGCAGUUCAUCCAACAAAGUUUCAAGAACGUUGGUGUGGAGGUCCUGUUGCUCGAGAAUUGGCAGUAGGAGAGCAGGAUGCAUCGUUGAUAUUUGACCCGUUUGAAGCUGCAGGAGAUGCAAUGGCAGCUGCUGCUAAGGUUGGUGCAGGCGUUUGUGUUCAGGAGGAGCCUUGCAAUCCCCCAGACUUCCAGAUCAUACCUUUGGCAGCUACUGCUCAUCAGACUCGGGCAGCCUUGUUGGUGAAAUUGUUUGCUAACUUUUUCUGUUUCAAUGCCGAAGUUUGCCCAGCUGAUGAAAAGGACCGGUUUAUGCAUACGUUUUUACGAUACCUUCGCGAAGGACCUUUAAAUCCAUCUCAUCCCUUAUUCUUUUUAAGUUAUGAGCGUACAGCUGUUCGAAUCUGUGAGAAUCUCCAUACGCUGUAUGACUAUGUGCUGACUCUAACAUCAGAUACGGUAGUGGAUGAUGAUCUCGUUCUAGUCAGUGACUUUGCAGAGGCUCUUCAUCAUCAAAUGUGCCCAUCUUCCGUUAGUGUCGCGGAUGCUCCACUGAUGAGCUUUGUCCGUGAUGGACACGAACAAAAGCUGUUACAAUGGAAGAAUGAGCGAGAGCAGUCAGAACGCUGGAAUCGAUUGGAACAGUCUAGGCAGUCUGGCAAUGACGAAAUGGCUGGAGCUGAAGUUGCAGUGCAGGCGUCGAAUGAGUCGAAGAAGACCGAGAUGGACGAACUAGUCAAGGUGGAGGAAGUUCCACAUACUUCAGGAGAAGCUACUGGGCAUGAGAUAGAAACUACUCCAUUCGCAACGAUGGUGGUGAAGUCGGAAGGUGUGGAUCAGCAUUCCAUUCAGCAUGAUGGACCCUCUCAGGGUGACGUCAUUGCCCUCCAGCACGUUUCGAUGAAGUUGGAGAACCAGAAAAGUGAGAUAGAGACUGAAAUUAUGGUGGUACAUGAAGAGGGUGAAUCGGGAAGCGCCAAUUUCACAGAGCAUGAGGAUGCAGGAAGAGGAGAGCAAGAAAGUGAAGGGGUGAAUUUUGGUGGAAUGGUGACUCCAGCGUCAAGAAGGACCAGUAGGGAUCGGGAGCCUUAUAGCAGCGAACAUGGGGAUGAAUCUCAACCCAAGAAACGUAAGAGGAACAUUAUGAGCGAUCAGCAAGUCAAUGUGAUGGAAGCGGCUCUUCAGCUUGAGCCAGGAAUGCAACGCAGUCCAAAGUUGAUCCAGCAAUGGACGAAUCAUCUGAAUUCAAUUGGUCCGGAGGUAGCAUACCAUCAGCUAAAGAACUGGCUAAAUAACCGAAAAGCCCGUAUAGCUAGACAAGAGCGUGAAAAGCAGCGCCAAGAAGAAGGGGAUGUCCUUGUGACUCGAUCUGAAAAGUCCCGCCGUGCUCGAUCUGUGGCCUCGGAUGACAUGGAUAGUCCUGCUGAAGCUUCGUCUCGAUUGAAAGAUUACGAUAUAGAUCAAGGAGACGCGAUUCCCCUAAAAUUAUCCCUUCAAGUUUCCAGAACACCCUCAAAUGCUGGUAGUGAUGGCGAGCCUCACAAUUCUAGUAGUAGUUUGGUCAAGUGGAAGGUUGGUGAUCAUGUGAGCUUGCGAGGUAAGGAUGCCGAAGAAAUGGCUGUAGGAAUUGUUAUCCGAGUAGAAGGCUCCUGGCAGGGACAUAUUCUAGAGGACGAAAGUCUGUGCUUAGUGCAGGUGUCAGAGCUUAAGGUAGCCAGGACCACGAAACUCCCAUUCCCUUCAUCGAAGGCAGGUUCUUCGUUUGAGGAAGCUGAAACCUUACUGGGUAAAACUGUUGCCACCUGGGAUACCGAGCAUAUGUGUAUGGUGGCAACCACGUCUACACCAUCACUCGUCUAAAGAGCGGUAAACUCUACGUCAUGAACCCAGCUGUUCAAUAUCCUUUUUUGUACAUGGUUUUGUGCACAUGACAUGUACAUAUUUAAUAGAUACAGCUUUGGAAUGAACACAGCUUGAUAGA